AUGAUAAAUCAAAAUAAUGUUCAUAGUGAUCGAUUAAUUCAGGUAUUUUCUUGUGAUAUGCUUGAUGGAAGCAUCCAAUAAGAUAGAUGGAAAAAAGGAAAGCUAUUUAUUAUGGAAAAAUCAUUACAUUUCUCAUCUCUAUUUAAUUAUUCUACAACCUCAUUUGGAUUCAAUCAAUAAAUCACAAAAUUACAAUGUACAUUCUUCUACCUAUAUAAGAUUCCUAAAUCAAAGAAUUUAAUGAAAAUGAAGAAAAUGAUGUGUUGAUAAUUACUACUCACAAAUAAAAUUAACUGUUUUUUAGAAAUUUCUAUGCACAAAGACCAUAAAUUAUGGAAAUUUUAAGAAGCAUUAAUUUAAAAAAUGAAGAUUUUGAACCCAUUCUUGAAAAUGAUACAUUUGAUUGGGAUGCCUAUAAUAUUUUAAGUUAACAAAUUCUACCUUAAUUAAUAAAACUUAAAGAUGGCAAUUAAUACAAUCCACCAACCAUUUUUGAAAUAGAAGGAUUAGAUAUACAUGAAAUCUUUGCAUUACUCUAUGAUGACAUUCCUUAUUAACCAAGUUAAUAUUUCAAUCUUACAAUAAAAGAAGUGGAUAAAACAAAAUAAUAUUAAAAUGUUCUACAUUUCUUUUUUGAAUAAAUUCUUGGGGAUUAAUAAAUUAAAUGUGAUCCUUAUGUUCCAUAAGUACCUGAAUACUUAAGAACAGGCAAUUAAUCUAAAGGACCAUCUUAUGAAUAAUAAUAAAUUCAAAACUUACCUACUAGAACCAUUAAUUAUGUACAUCCUACAAAAUUACCAUUCUUUGGUACUAUUAAUCCUAAAGUCAAAAUGACUCAAAGAUUGCUAUUGAUUAAUUAAAAUGAAUUUAUUGUCUAAGUUUAAUCAGAAACUUCAGGAUUACCAAAGAGUGAUUGUUAUAAAAUGAUGUCACAUGAAAAAGCUAUUAGAAUUGGGCAUAAAAAAUUGUAUAUAUGUUAUUUAUUACACUAAUAGUCGUAUUGAAUGUACAUUUACUAUUGAAUGGUAAUAAAGAAUUAUGAUAAUUUCAAAUUAAGUAGAUAAUGCAGGUGCAAUUGAAUCAAAAAGAGUUCUUGAAACAUAUUAUAUACCAUAUGCUAAAGCAAGAUUAGCAGAAUCAUUAAAAUUAAAAGAAUUAUAAAAAGAAUAGUAAUAACAAUAAUAAUAAUAAUAAUAAUAAUAAUAAUAAUAAUAAUAAUAAUAAUAAUAAUAAUAAUAAUAAUAAUAAUAAUAAUAAUAAGACUAAUUAAAUUCAAGUCAAAUUAUUGCUGAUUAACCUUCAAUGGUUCAUGUCAGAAGAUAAAUUAAAAGUGAAAGCUAGAUUUUAUAAUAAAAAUUUUUGAUUAGUCCUCAAAAAAAUUAAGAUUUAAAUUAUGAGAGAAUCCAAGAAUUAGAUUCAAAGUAAUAAAAAUUAGAAAACUAAGUAAAACAAUUAUAAUUAUAAAUUGUCUUGUAAGAAAAAUAAAUCAAAAAAAUAAAUGAUGAAUAACAAGCUUUAAUAUUAAUAAGUAGAACAUUAGGCAUAGUCAUAUUGUUUAUUCUUUUAACUAAUUGGUUAAUGAAAUGA